AUUUAAAGUUUAAGUUAAAUCUGAACCAACAAAAAUCAAUUCAGAUCUGAAGACGAAGACGAGGAAGAAGAAGAAGAUUAAGAAGACGAUUUAUCACUGCAGAUCUGAAGCAGAGCUGAGCUCUUGUCUUCCUCACAUUUGAAAUUUAAUGAAUGUGUGAGUAAUUUCAUAAUUAUCAUCACUGUACAAUCAUGCGAGUGUUAUCAGCUUCUGCCGCCUCCGCAGGCGGCCGGAUGGCCACACCUGGCGGGGGAGGGUACCGAGACGCGGAGUCGCUCUUCCGCACCAAGCCGAUAUCGGAAAUCCGAAAUGUCGAACUCACCACCAAGAAACAGAUCGAGGAGAAGCAGGAGGAGUUGCGCCAGUUGGUGGGAACUCGUUACCGAGACCUGAUUGACUCGGCCGAUUCGAUUGUGCUGAUGAAAUCGUCUUGUGAGUCCAUUUCUUCUAACAUUUCUUCAAUUCAUUCGCACAUUCUCUCUUUGUCCGCCGAAACACCCAAAUUGGUCAGCCCUAGCCCUAAUAGACUUAAAAUUUAUGGCAUUGCAUGUCGUGUUAAGUACUUAGUUGAUACGCCGGAGAAUAUCUGGGGUUGUUUGGAUGAAUUUAUGUUUUUGGAGGCCGCAGCGAGGUAUGUGCGUGCCAAGCACGUGCAGUACAUUUUGAUUGAUGUUAAUAAAGAUAUGGAUCAGUUGAACUUUCCUUUGUUGCAGCAUCAGUGUCAAAUUGUGGAUAGUUUUAAGGUGCAGAUUUCCCAGAGGAGUCGAGAGCGUUUGUUAGAUAAAGGGCUUGGAGUUAAUGCUUAUGCUGAUGCUUUGGCUGCAGUUGCGGUGAUUGAUGAACUGGAGCCCAAGCAGGUUCUGGGUUUGUUCUUGGAAACUAGGAAAGCUUGGAUUUUUCAAACAUUGGGGAGUAAUUUUGCUUCUUCUGAUGUUGUUUCUGUGUUUUGUGAUGUUCUGACUGUUAUCCAAAUCACUGUAGCUCAGGUAGGGGAGUUGUUUUUGCAAGUACUAAACGAUAUGCCUUUGUUUUAUAAAGUUAUUUUGGGUUCUCCACCCGCUUCUCAAUUAUUUGGUGGGAUUCCGAAUCCUGAUGAGGAGGUUAGGUUGUGGAAGUCAUCUAGGGAUAAAUUAGAGGCUAUAAUGGUGACACUUGAAAAAGAUUAUAUUGCCAAGACAUGUUUUAGUUGGUUGAGGGAUUGUGGUGGGGAGAUUGUUAGUAAGAUUAAUGGCAAGUUUUUGAUUGAUUCAAUCAGUUCUGGCAAAGAACUUGGAUCAGCUGAGAAGAUGAUACGUGAGACCAUGGACAGUAAGCAGGUGUUGGAGGGUAGUUUGGAGUGGCUUAAGAAUGUGUUUGGAUCAGAGAUUGAAUUACCUUGGAGUAGGAUACGUGAGCUCAUUUUGGAAGAUGAUUCUGAUCUCUGGGAUGAGAUUUUCGAAGAUGCUUUUGUUCGGAGGAUGAAAAGGAUUAUUGAUUCAGGAUUUGAGAACUUGUCCAGAGUUGUGAAUGUGGCAGAGUCCAUUCGAGCAAUAGGAGGGGAUACUGCUGGUGGAGUGAUUGAUUUCCAAACAUACUUGAACAGACAUUCUACUGGUGGUGGGGUUUGGUUUAUUGAACCUAAUAUUGCUGCUAAGAAGGCUGGUCUAGCAUUUGGUCAUAAAGCAUCACAAGAAGAGAAUGAUUUUCAGACUUGUCUAAAUGCAUAUUUUGGUCCUGAAGUUAGUAGGAUCAGAGAUGCAGUUGACAAUUGCUGCCAGAGUGUACUUGAGGACCUGUUGAGUUUCUUAGAGUCUCCAAAGGCAUCUCUAAGGUUGAAAGAUCUUGCACCAUAUCUACAAAAUAAAUGUUAUGAAAGCAUGUCAAUUAUCUUGACAGAACUCAAGAGGGAGCUUGAUGAUUUAUAUGCUGCCAUGGAAAAAAGCACACAGGAUGGUCAGUCUUUGGCUUCACCUAUCAUUGUUGAAAAAUCACUAUUUAUUGGGCGACUUUUGUUUGCUUUCCACAACCACUCAAAGCACAUUCCAGUUAUACUUGGUUCUCCAAGGUUCUGGGGAAAAGAAACUAUGGCUGCUGUUUUUGAUAAAUUGUCACCUCUGUUGAGGCAAUCUGGAGUUGGUACUGAUGGUCCUGAUACCCCUGGAAGGCAAACACCCACUAGCUCCAGAAAACAAAGUUCAGCUGCUACUGCUGCGUUGCUUGGAGCAAAUGAAAGUGCAAGCCCAAAACUUGAAGAACUUUCUAAACUCACGAGAGAUCUCUGCAUUAUAGCUCACAGCUUGUGGAUAUCAUGGUUAUCUGAUGGGCUUUCUGUCAUUCUCUCACGGGAUCUUGGACAAGAUGAUGGAUUGUCAGCAACAACUCCCUUGAGGGGUUGGGAAGAGACAGUGGUCAAACAAGAGCAGUCUGAGGAGAACCAAUCAGAGCUGAAAAUUUCACUCCCAUCCAUGCCUUCCCUUUAUAUCAUCACAUUUUUGUGCCAAGCAUGUGAAGAGAUUCAUAGAAUUGGAGGGCAUGUACUUGACAAGUCAAUUCUGCAAAAAUUCGCAUCAAAAUUAUUGGAAAAGGUCAUAAACGUUUAUAUGGACUUCCUUUCUCCUAUAGAGGCACAUGGAUCACAAGUGUCAGAAAAAGGAAUUUUGCAAGUUUUGUUAGACUUAAGAUUUGCCGCUGACAUUCUUUCUGGGAGUGAUUCCAAUGUAAGCGAGGAGUUAUCCAAAAAUCCGAAAUCAAAGUUUUCUUUCAGGCGGAAGCAGGAUCAAAGCCAAAGAAAAUCUGCCAUUGGAGAGCGUGUUAAUGGUUUAAUCAAUCGUUUUGCACAAAGAUUGGAUCCCAUUGACUGGCUUACGUAUGAGCCAUAUCUGAGGGAGAAUGAGAGGCAAGCAUACCUGCGACAUGCUGUCCUCUUUGGUUUCUUUGUGCAACUAAAUCGGAUGUAUACAGACACUGUGCAGAAACUGCCUACUAAUUCUGAGUCAAAUAUUAUGAGAUGCUCUACAGUUCCUCGCUUCAAAUAUCUUCCUAUAAGUGCUCCAGCCCUCUCUUCAAGAGCUACUACUAAAACAUCCAUUCCAGCUGUUUCGGAUGAUAUCACUUCAAGAGGCUUCCUUAAAGCAUAUACCAACGGAGAGCUCUCUCAGAACCUUGAUUUAAAUGACAACUCAAGUUUUGGGGUAGCAGCACCAUUCUUAAAGUCUUUCAUGCAGGUAGGCAGCCGAUUUGGAGAGAGCACUUUGAAACUAGGAUCCAUUUUAACAGAUGGUCAAGUUGGCAUAUUCAAGGAUAGAUCAUCAUCUGCCAUGUCGACAUUUGGUGACAUUCUUCCUGCACAAGCUGCCGGACUUCUUUCUUCUUUCACUGCAACCAGAACAGAUUCUUGACUGCCUGUUUAGUCCUUCAGUCUCAUUCUUUUCUCAUACAUACUUUGGUGGAGAGGAACACUGAACUUCCAAAACACACGGAUGCUAUGCGAAAACAGUAUAUCAACUCUAUCCAUUUCAAGAAAAAGGGUAUGUACACAUUAUAUAUGAGUUAAAAUUCAUUUCUGUUUUCAGUCACAGUGGACCACUGGAUCCAAGUUGUUGGAAAAAUGUUCGUAUCCAGAACCAAAAAGGAGGAAGAAACAUGUGGAAGAUUGUGAAUCGAGGAAGUUGGAACCACGAAAAGGUAAAAUUUGUGAUCUGAUUUCUCUAUAGACCAAUUUGGUUAUUGUGAAUAUAGAGAGAAUUUGAGAGGGGAGAGGAUAUAGGUUUUAUCAUGUAAAGAAUUCAGGAGGCAGCACAGGAGGGUGUUUGGUGGAAGGGAAAAUUCAUCAGUCAAAACCAAAUCCCUAAUAGAUUUUCUCUUAGGAAUUUCACCCUUCCAUUUUUUUAUUUUUUUAUUUUUGGUUGCUUAAAAGUUUUCAAUAUAAAAAGAACAGAAAAGAAAGACAGAGAGGGAGAGAGAGGAUAAAAUCCCUUGUGGUACUGUUAUAUCUUGAAUAUAUGUUGUGUGAAAUAACAGAUUUAAUAGUCUUUUC